GUUUUCCUCACUAUAUUUCAUUGAGUUUAUUGCGUUGUUCUUUACUCGAUCCAGGUGAUUCGUAUUCUUUGUGAACUAGUUGUUUGAAAGAAAGAAAUAUGUUCGCAAUUCAAAGGACAGUUACUAAAGCUCCACGAUUAUUGAAAUUAUCUCAAAAUCAAUGCAGAACACUCCUGUGCACACCUCCCCGAGUUCGAGUACCAUUUGCCGAAAAAAUGGUGAUGGGCGCUAUUCUGUGGUUGGGAAUAAUGUCAUAUCCUCUUUAUAUUGCAUGCAAUAUCAACAACUACAAUGCACGUAAAAGAGAAUAAAAUGUGUUUGCAGAGAUCUAUAAACUCUUAGACCUAUAAAUAAAUAUUGUAGAAUGUAAAUUUAAAAUUUGAAAA